AUGGCAACCAAAUUUUACCAGCACCUCCUGGCCUUGGCCUUUGCUGUUGAUGAGAUCAACAUGGAUCCCAAGAUCUUGCCUAAUGUCACUCUCGGCUUCCACAUCUAUGACACUUACAAAGAUUAUAAGAUGUCCUACCGCACCACUCUGGAAUUGCUUUAUAAAAGCCAUAGAUAUUUCCCAAAUUUUGAAUGCGACAUUCAGAAGAAUCUAAUGGCCAUCAUAGGGGGACUUGGAUCUGAUGACUCCUUCCACAUGGCAGACAUUCUAGGCCUCUAUAAGAUUCCACAGCUCACAUAUGGAUCAUUUCCCCCAGUUGAUAGGGUCAAUGCUAAGUCCCCUUCCUUUUACCGCAUGGUUCCCAAUGAAGCCCAUCAGUACACAGGGAUUGUCCAGUUACUUCAGCACUUUGGAUGGACGUGGGUUGGGCUCUUUGCUGUGACUGAUGAUAGCGGAGAGCAUUUCAUCCAGGAAAUGGAGCCUUUGCUUUUCCAGCAUCGAAUCUGUGUGGCUUUCACAGAAAUGUUUGGAGGCCAAGGUGGCUGGAAUUCCUUUGAGGUUGUAUAUUUAUUUUCAGGUGUUCAUCAAGCUUUGCUUCACCAAUGUCUUCAGCAUAUUUCCUUUAACAACUCAGCAGAAGAAACAGUGUCUUUCAGUGGUAAGAAGGAAACAGGAGGUGGAUUUGAUGUCAUGAACUUGGUGGUAUUCCCAAACAAGUCUUAUGCUAAAGUGAGAAUUGGAAAAGUGGAUCCUGACGCUAUUGAAGGAAAGGAACUGAUCAUUGAUGAGGACAAAAUUUUGUGGCAGAGCCGCUUCAACCAGGUGGUGCCCAUUUCACACUGCAACGAAUAUUGCCUUCCUGGUUCUCGGAAGCAAAAGAAAGAAGGAGAGCAAUUUUGCUGUUAUGACUGUGUUCCUUGCCCUGAUGGAAAGAUUUCAAACCAGAAAGAUAUGGACGAUUGUAUUGAAUGCCCAGAAGAUCAAUAUCCAAACAAGGACCAAGAUCAAUGCAUUUUCAAGACAAUCAGCUUCCUGUAUUAUGAAGAACCUUUAGGAAUCAGUUUAGCUUCAGUGGCACUUUCUUUUUCCUUAAUCACUGUAUUCGUGUUGGGAAUUUUUAUUAAGCAAAGAGAUACCCCCAUAGUCAAAGCCAACAACCGGGAUAUCACCUAUACUCUUCUUAUCUCUCUCCUGCUCUGCUUCCUUUCUACUUUUCUCUUCCUUGGAGAACCUACCAAGGUGUCCUGUUUCCUCCGACAAUCAGCUUUUGGCAUCAUCUUCUCAGUGGCUGUUUCUUGUGUCUUGGCCAAAACCAUUACUGUGGUUGUGGCAUUCAUGGCCAUCAAACCAGGGUCCAGCAUGAGGAAGUGGGUGGGGAAAAGACUGACCAACUCUGUCAUCCUUCUUUGCACUCUUAUUCAAGCAGGCCUAUGUGUGUUGUGGCUUGGAACCUCUCCCCCAUACCCACAUUUAGACAAGAAGUCCCUGAGCACACAGAUUGUAGCAGAAUGUAAUGAAGGGUCUGCCAUCAUGUUUUAUAUUGUGUUGGGCUACUUGGGACUUCUGUCCCUCAUCAGCUUGAGCAUGGCUUUCCUAGCCAGGAACUUGCCAGACACGUUUAAUGAGGCCAAAUUCAUCACCUUCAGCAUGCUGAUGUUUUGCAGUGUGUGGUUCUGUUUUGUUCCAACCUAUCUGAGCACCAAAGGGAAAUACACGGUGGCAGUGGAGAUCUUCUCUAUCUUGACUUCUGGUGCUGGGUUACUAGGUUGCAUCUUCUCCCCUAAAUGCUACAUUAUUCUGUUGAGGCCUGAGCUGAAUAAGAGGAAUCAGUUAUUAGAAAGAGUAAAGUAA